ACAGAAGCAACCGGCAGACCAAACUGCCAAAAAAAAGCAUCUUUCUAUUCAGAGGACAGGAUAGUAAAUGAGCAACCAACAGCAAGUACCUGACUGAACAUUCCUCUGGCCUUUCUGUCUUUGCUGUUGGUUGGUUUCCCUGGAACACAUCUGUCGUUUGUGUGAAGCCUGACGUUAACCUCUGUCAAGUUCUGCGUCGACACGCUCCCUGCUGGUACCAACUUUUAACAGACAAACCAACCUGAGAGCAGGAUGUCUGGACUGCCUGCUUUUCAUUGUAUGUCCUUCCUGUUGCUUUGCAUUCUGGCUAUGACCUUGGUGACAUCUGGCUUCCCCCAGACUCGACCACCUCAUAGAAGAGAGGAAUCUAACCGAGACGAAUGGGAGGUCCUCUUCCCCUCCAUCUCUCUCGCUAAUUGGAUUAUUCAAAUGAUGUCAGCGCCCAGCCUCAGAGCUGCCGCCAACGCCAGACUGACGAGGGCGGCGUGGCUGUUUGCCCUGGCAAGGGCAGAAGCGAGCAGGGAGAGGCCGUGGCCCGCUGAUUGGUCAUCUCAGGGCGCCGCCAUGGUGAAGAGGAACAUGGUUGUGGCUGACGACGCUGCCUUCAGAGAGAAGAGUAAACUCUUCACCUCCAUGGAGAGACAGAAGUGGCUUAACUCCUACAUGCAGAAACUACUGGUGGUUAAGUCUUCAUGAUUUCCUCUAUAGAAAAUAACCACCUCUCUGAAUCCUGCACUGGCUAAAAGCUUUUCGAAGGGAUACCCCAAGUCUCUGGGGUUGUUGCUCAGUCCAUCAACUUAUGAGACAAGAAAAUAUUGCAGACAUCGAAAGUCAUUAACACCUGAUGAAUCAAUAGGCAACAUUAUAUUGAGACGUUUUGUAGCACUUUAAAUACCGUAUAACGUUGAAAGUAAUUUGGUGUUAUUCAAUUUGAUGAAUAAAGAGAUACAAAUUAUGUUUUCAAUUGGCUUCAUCCAGUAGUACAGCUGGAUUCAAUGCUAUUAUUUUUUUUCUUUAAUACAUGUGCAAAAGAUAAAAUAGUAGUUUAACAUACUGGGAGAUCAGGAUGGGGUUAGCCUAGCUUAGCUUUCAGUCUAUUAAAAAAGGGGCUAACGAGCUCUGUCCAAAGCACCAAUACUUUCUAUUAUAAAUACAUUUCCGUACAGAUUGAACAAAGGAGACACAUGUUAAUUUAUGACAAUUUGAGGGUUUUGCAGGCAUUUUCUUAACUUUGGACAGACAGGGUAACUGUUAUCCUGCCUCCUGUCUUGAUGCUAAGCUAGGCUAAUCAUGUCCUAAAUCCGGCUGCUUACCUAAUCACAAAUGUUUCCCAAAAUGUCUUAUAGAAUUGAAUUCUUAAACACGUUUAUUUUGUAAUUAUAUAUUGUAUACUAUUAACUGUGAUGUUUGUGGUGAAGAAAUUGAAUUGUAUUAUUUUAGAUUCAUUGAUUGUAAAAGCAUUUGUCCCUUUGUAUUUUUUUUAAAUGAGUUUUUUUUUUUUAUUAAGUUUUUUUAUCAGCUACUACAAAUUCAAGUUGUUUAAAGCAUCUUUCUUAGUGAAAGAAGAAAAUAUACGUUUUCCAUCCAAAUGUCAAUAAAUCCUUGGCAAAGAUUAAAACCUGAAAA